AGGCCAGCGUGGAAGGAAACAUCUCUUGACUUCGUUUUCUCUUCUCUCUCUUUCACACGGGGAUGCUUUUCCCCCCAAUUAGAAGUAGACGCGACUUUGCAAAGCUUCCACGAGUAAAUCCACGAAGCCAGGAAGAUGACAGGAGUUUUUGAGAGCCUUAGCCCCGAUAUGCACUCCAACCAGAUGACCUCCAGCAGCUACCACAGCUUGCACAAGUCGCAGGAGUCCCCGACCUUGCCUGUGUCCACGGCCACGGACAGCAGCUACUACCACAGCCCGCAACCCGGACACUCAUGCGCCGGAUCCCCCUUUGGACCCAUGGGGUCCUUCCAGUACCACAGCAGUGGUGCGGUGCAGUACAACCCGAAAUCUUACGACAUGGCGGGCUUCAACGCAUCCUACGGGGGGUACAGCUCUUACGGACCCAGCUCCUCACCCACUCCUGCUGAGACAGAGAAAGAAGAAAGCGAGCCAGAAAUCCGGAUGGUAAAUGGAAAACCAAAGAAGGUCAGAAAACCUCGAACCAUUUAUUCCAGCUUCCAACUGGCCGCCCUUCAGAGGAGGUUCCAGAAGACCCAGUACUUGGCUCUGCCUGAGCGGGCCGAGCUGGCAGCCUCUCUGGGCCUCACGCAGACACAGGUGAAAAUCUGGUUCCAAAACCGGCGCUCCAAGUUCAAGAAGCUGUGGAAAAACGGAGAAAUCCCCCCGGAGCAGCAUGUGCCCACCAGCGAGUCCCCACCGUGCACGACCCCGCCGAGCGCCUGGGAUUUUCCACAGACUCAAGGCCAGAGUUCCACGUUAGCGCCAAACAGUAACAGUCCUCCCGUCAGCGGCGCGCCAUCAUCCUCCUCAUCGUCCUCCUCUUCUUCUUCUUCUUCGUUUUUGGCCAACUACUCCUGGUACUCCAACACGAACUCUGGCAGCCAUCUACAGCCCCCCCUGCUCCACCACAACCCCGUCAUCAGUGCCGGGACGAUAUUCUGAAACGACGCAGGACUCCGGUGAGGAAAAUCGUCGUUUUUUUUUAAAGGCUGAUCUGUGAGUGUGUGUGCCCUACUUUUACGCGCGGAAGCAUCUUGUUGGAGCCAAAACAUGGACCUUCGCCAGCUUUUUGGCAACAAAGAGCCACAUUUUUAUCACUUAUUUUUCUAUUUAUUUAUUUUCCAGGGAUAAAUGAAUGAACCACUAUGAUAUUAUUAUUAUUAUUGUGAUGAUGAUUAUACUUUUUUUUUCCUCUCCUGCAAAAAUCCAAACCUCGCCCGUCAGUGAUGUAGCACAAGUCAACUGUAUCGUGCCUUUUUCCACAUGACCUCAUCAUUAUGUUGUGUGAUUAAAUAUUAAAACAGAUUUUACCUUCAUCGCCGUGAGAGUGGGUAAGUGUCUGCACGGUUGUAAAUAUUAGUAUUAUUUUUUUGGAUCCAUUUUAAUGACGAUUCUUUUUUUUUUUAAAGGUGCAAAAAAAAAAGUCAUUUACCACCGCAAGCUACUGAUUGUUAUGCAUUUGAUUGACUUGUAUCACCCUGAAUUGAUGAAUUGUGUUUUUGUCUUAUUUAUUUUUUAGCAGUGCUUCAUAUAUGGUUAUUUAAAUAAAAACGUUUUCUGUGAA